AAGAGAGAGAGAGAGAUGGAUUAGGAUGCCUUUAAGAGGAGGUUUAAAGGGAGGGUUACAGGUUACAGGUCUACCAACUGGUGGUUAGGGUUUGAACCCUAUCAAGCAAACAACCACCUCAUCCUCUCUUCCUGACCUCCACCAUCCAAUCCCUACGACGGCUGCUUCUUCCGCUUCUUCUUCUCAAGCUUUCUAGCGACUUUUGCCUGGCGUUUGUCACACGAGGUCCGUCCUUGUUUGAAUCAAAUAUAAUCUCUUGGGAUUGCCAUUUGUCUCCGGUUGGGCAGGAACAUGAACCCCAUGGAUUGUCUCUCCGGGACUUGUCUAAUGUUUCUGCUCUGAUCCUCUUCCCUGAUUUGCUUCCCACUACAACCCCAUCGCUCCUUUUGAUUGCCAGUCCUCCUUUCCUUCCUUUCAGGAAAGUAUAACGAACUGUCGAUGAUGAAUCGGGAAAUCUGUCUCUAAUUUGUAAUCGCAACCUCUUGCUGCCAAUGUCAUGAUGUACUCGAACCAAGCUUUUUCUUCUGGGUCCUACGCGGAGAUGUUGUCUGGCAAUUCUUUUUUACCUCAUAACUUCACUGAAACUGUAGGAGGCCAAAACGAGGUGAAGUUCAUCACAGCCAUAGGUGACACUGUGGCCAUGCAAUCCAUUGACGGGCAUCCCAACACUGCCACAGGCGAUUCAUCUGUCAACGCUUUCACAAGGACGUCAUUGGGGCUCGUUGACAGUGAACAGAACAUACAGAGCCAGGGCUUAUCUCUUAGCCUUGGCACACUCAUGCCCGUCCCUCCCUUCCAAUACCACUAUCCCUCCUCCGGCUUUUCGUCGCUGAUGAUUCCAAAUCUCCCAAACGUUAAAGGCACUGUUUCUUUUAAAGACGAUGAGGCAGGUGCUGAAUGCAUGGCACCUGUAUCUUCUGGAGGCUUUGACAACUCCAUCCAAAAGGAGGCUCUGUACAAUCCACACUCCUCACUCUACCACAAGGAAGCCCCCCAUGAUCCGUCGUGUCUGCAUGGUUCACAAGGUUUUCCAAACGCUGCCUUAAACUCCCAAUACCUUAAAGCAGCUCAGGAAUUGCUUGAUGAAAUAGUCAGUGUCAGGAAGGCUUUAAAGCAGCCUGGACUGGAGAAGCAAAAAGGUUCCCUUGACAUCGCAUUAGAUGGCUCCAAAGAGUCCGAGGAAAAGUCUCCCAGUCAGUCUAUGCUGAUGCAUCCGGACCCUAAUGCUUCAUCUGCCAAUGCGUCAUGCGAAUUGUCACCCGCAGAACGGCAGAGUUUGCUGGAUAAGAAGGCUAAGCUUUUGUCCAUGUUAGAUGAGGUAGAUAAAAGAUACCGGCAGUACUGCCAUCAGAUGCAAAUGGUGGUGUCAUCUUUUGAUAUGGUUGCUGGUUGUGGGGCGGCUGAACCAUAUACUGCACUUGCUUUACGAACAAUUUCUCGUCAUUUUCGCUGUUUGCGUGAUGCUAUUAGCGGCCAAAUUCAAGUGACUCAGAGGAGCCUUGGAGAACAAGAGGGGAUACCUCGUCUCCGCUAUGUUGAUCAGCAGCUACGGCAGCAAAAAGCCCUUCAGCAGCUUGGCGUGAUGAGACAAGCUUGGAGGCCGCAGAGGGGACUUCCUGAAAGCUCUGUUUCCAUACUCCGCGCUUGGCUUUUUGAGCAUUUCCUUCAUCCUUACCCAAAGGACUCCGAGAAAAUUAUGCUGGCAAGGCAAACAGGCUUGACCAGGAACCAGGUGGCGAACUGGUUCAUCAAUGCAAGGGUGCGUCUUUGGAAACCAAUGGUUGAAGAAAUGUACAAAGAAGAGUUUGGUGAUUCUGAGAUGACAAGCUGCAAUCUCUCAUCUGAAAGUACUCCCCAGGCUCCAAGAGAUAAUAAAGGGGAAGAGUCGCAGGACAAUGUAAAAGCUGCCAAUAAUGUGCAACGGGGGCAGCUUCAUGAGUUUAAGUUAGACCAUGGCUCCGCUACAGGAUUUGACAAUGCCCAUGGAGGAGCUAUCAUGCAUUCUGGAAUUAUGAAACUGCAGCAGGGUGAUCAAAGGCCUAACAUGAACAAUACCCUUUACUCGACCGGACCUAUGCCAGCCAACCACAAUGGUGAUGGUUGCCUAAUGCCUUCUGCUCCGGCCUCAUACGAUUUUUCAGAGUUGGGUAGUUUUCCGGUGGGUGGCCAUGUGUCUCUUGCUUUAGAGUUGCGCAACUGUGAAACUGAGGAAUUCUCCGGUUCUGAUAAUCGUUUCAACAAACAACGUCAUCAGACAUUAGAUUCUUCCCCAGAAGAUAAUUUGAUUGAUUAUCAUUUCACGGAUUCGGGAAAGCAACAAAACAGGUUUAGUAAUCCACAUCUAUUGCAUGAGUUUGUCGUCUAAGACCCGCAUGCCCAUGAAGCUUCACGGAGGAAACGAAGUUGAUGUUUUGAGGGAACUCUGAGAAGGUGUAUAAUUAGUAGACAGAGGAAGCUUAUAUUGUUUACUCUGGUGCUCAUCCAUGUUGCCCCUUGUUCAUAAAGUGAUGAUUAUCACAAAAAGUACCAAUAUACUGGUAGAUAUGUGUAGAUAUUAUUCACUUGUAAUAUUACAGAUGAUUGGUUGUAAGCGCAGGCAAUUUUGUAAGGAUAAGAAUCACAUCUCGUGCAUGCAUGAUGUGGAAUAAUGGAUCUUGUGGGGGAAAAUGUUACGAGUACGAUGUGGAAGUAUUGGCUUGUUUAUAUAGCUUUCCGCA